AGCCUUCUGUCCACGUUGUUAUGGCCACCGAUGCCAUGUGGCGAAGGAAUUCAACGGGAGAGAGAGAGAGAGAGAGAGUGAGCUGUUCCGCGGAAGCUGCGGGCGCUGUUUGCUCGCUGAGGAUCGUUAGAAAAAAGUGGGUCUCUCUCAAUCCUCUCAUCCCAUGACCCAUUAGCGGUUAGGGAUCGCGAGAGAACCAAAACGGCUAAGCCCUCUCAGCAAGACCCAUUGUCGAAAGAGAGAGUGAGACAGAGAACGAAAGAUUAAGCCAUCGCUGCUCAUUACUUGGAGGCCGCCGCCUGUAUGCUACCGUCGUCUCUGCUCUGGAGAACUCGUUUUCUGAUUCUGCUAACAAAUCAACAAAAGUCACCGGACGCUGGACGAACGAUUCGCAAAGCGUCUCAAUCCGUCGAUCAGCUAACACGGAUCGCCAAGAUCGGCCAGAGAACGAACGAAGUAGGCCUUGGUGUAGUACAAAUUCCCCAUCGAUUCAGUGCUGGAAUCAGUCGUAGCAUUCAGUGACCUUCCUCUUGGUGUAAGCGUCCCUUCGCGCAAGGUCUAAUCAAGCUCAAUUAGGAGUGCUGAUUGUGUUGGACGCCAUAACCGCGCCGCCGAAAAUGGUACAGGACAGUGGUGCCCUCAAGAAGGUGCUGGUGAUCGGUGGCGGUGGCCGUGAACAUGCCAUCUGCUGGAAGAUGGCCCGCAGUGAACGGGUGGACACGGUGCACGUGCUCCCCGGCAGUCCCGGCAUUGCGGCCCUUCCGAAGGUGCAGCUAGUAUCCGGUGUUAGCGUGAAGGACUUUAGUGCCAUCGUAGCCUGGUGCAAGCUGAACCAGAUCGAUCUGGUAGUGGUCGGGCCGGAGGACCCGCUGGCCGAUGGGCUGGCCGACGCGCUGCAGGCGGCCGGCCUCAAAUGCUUCGGCCCCGGGCGCCGCGGUGCACAGAUCGAGGCGGACAAGAACUGGUCGAAAGAUUUCAUGCACCGGCACGGCAUACCGACGGCCCGGUACGCCAGCUUCACCGAUGCAGCCGAAGCGAAAGCAUUCAUCCGCAGCGCACCGUACGCGGCACUGGUGGUGAAGGCGAGCGGGCUAGCCGCCGGCAAGGGUGUGAUCGUGGCGGAAACGAUCGACGAAGCGUGCGCCGCCGUGGACGACAUCCUCGGCGAGCGGCGGUUCGGUGCGGCCGGCGAGGUCGUCGUCGUGGAGGAGAAGCUGUCCGGCGAGGAAGUGUCCGUGCUGGCGUUCGUGGAUUCGCGCACCGUGCGCGUGAUGCUGCCGGCGCAGGAUCAUAAGCGCUUGAUGGACCACGAUCGUGGACCGAAUACGGGCGGCAUGGGCGCGUACUGUCCCUGUCCGAUCAUCAAACCGGCCCAGCUGGAUCUGGUCGUGAGGGAGGUGUUGCAGCGUGCGGUGGAUGGACUGCGAGCGGAAGGCAUCAAGUACAACGGUGUUUUGUAUGCUGGCAUGAUGCUCACGCCGAACGGGCCAAAAACGCUCGAAUUCAACUGCCGGUUCGGCGAUCCGGAGACACAGGUCAUCCUGCCACUGCUCGAGAGCGAUCUGUACGAGGUGAUGGAGGCGACCUGCGACGAUCGGCUGCACGAGAUCAAUCUCAAGUUCCGGGCCGGGCUGAGCGCGGUCGGUGUAGUGAUGGCCAGCAAGGGCUACCCAGAAACAUCCACCAAGGGCUGCGUUAUCACAGGACUUGACGCUGUUGCUGCACGCCCGGAGCAUCUCGUGUUCCAUUCGGGAGUGGCCCGGAACGAGCGCGGAGAGUUCGUCACGAACGGUGGCCGGGUGCUGAUCACCGUCGUGCUGCACAGCGAUCUGAAGCAGGCUGCGGCGCACGCUACGUCCGCCUGCAGCACCGCGAUCAGCUUCGACGGUUCGCAGCACCGGUUGGACAUCGCGCAGAAAGCAUUCAAACACCAAAGUUUGUCGUACAAAUCGAGCGGCGUCGACAUUGACGCGGGUGACGCGCUGGUGCAGCGCAUCAAACCGCUGGCACGUGGUACAAAUCGUCCCGGUGUGGUGGGAGGACUCGGUGGGUUUGGUGGAUUGUUCCGUUUGAACGAUGCGACGUACAUCAACCGCGAAGGCAAAACGGUGCGCUACAAUGACCCGGUGCUGGUGCAGGGUACGGACGGUGUCGGUACGAAGCUAAAGCUGGCCGAAACGCUCAACUGCUGGGACACGAUCGGUAUCGAUCUGGUGGCAAUGUGCGCCAACGAUGUGCUGUGCGCCGGGGCGGAACCGCUCGCCUUCCUGGACUACAUCGCCUGCGGUCGGCUGGAGGUGCCGACGGCGGCAAUGAUCGUGAAGGGCAUUGCGGAGGGUUGCCGCGAGACGAACUGUGCCCUGCUCGGCGGUGAGACGGCCGAGAUGCCCUCGAUGUACGAGAAGGGCAAGUACGAUCUGGCCGGCUACUGUGUCGGGGUGGUCGAGCACGACCAAAUCUUGCCGCACGUCGAUCGCAUUCGGGAGGGCGAUCUGGUGAUCGGGCUGCCGUCGAGCGGUGUGCAUAGCAACGGAUUCAGCUUGGUGAACCGCAUCCUCGAGCGUACCGGCACGAAGUUAACCGAUCCGGCACCGUUCAGCGAGGACGGCCGCAGCACGUUCGGCGAGGAACUACUCACGCCGACGAGCCUGUACGUGACACCGCUGCUACCGUUGCUGCGGCAGGGGGGCGACACGGUGAAAGCGCUGGCCCACAUUACCGGCGGUGGGCUGGUGGAAAAUGUGCCCCGCGUCCUGCCCGAUGCGCUGGGCGUGGAGGUGGACUUUGCCGAGGUGAAAAUUCCACCCAUCUUCGGAUGGCUGGCGGCGGCCGGUAACGUGACCGAGCGGGAAAUGCUGCGUACGUUCAACUGUGGCAUCGGCAUGGUGGUGAUCGUGUCGCAGAACGAUCGCACGUGGAAGGAACAGCUGACGCCGCACGGUGCGGUACUGUUGGGGCGCGUUACGCGCCGAGCACGCGGCACCGAUCAGGUGGUGGUGAAAAACUUUACCCAAGCAAUCGCGAAGGUGGCGUCAAAUUACGUACCGGCCAAGAAAUCGCCCACCGCCAUAUCGUACAAGGACAGCGGGGUGGAUAUCGGUGCGGGCGAUGAGCUGGUGCAGCGGAUUAAACCGUUCGCCAAGUCCACCAACCGGCCCGGUGUGAUGGGUGGGCUCGGUGGUUUCGGUGGCCUGUUCAGGCUGCGCGACACGGGCAUGAAUCUGGACGAUCCCAUACUCGUGCUAGGGACGGACGGCGUCGGCACGAAGCUGAAGAUUGCGCAGGAUUGCGGACUGCACGGUACUGUCGGCAUCGAUCUGGUGGCCAUGUGCGUUAACGACAUCAUCUGCAACGGUGCGGAUCCGCUCGCGUUUCUCGAUUACUACGCCUGCGGCCAGCUGGACGUGCCGGUCGCGGCAAAGGUGAUCGAGGGCAUUGCGGAAGGCUGCCGCCAAGGCAACAGUGCGCUGCUCGGGGGCGAAACGGCCGAAAUGCCGGGCAUGUACGCGAAGGGCGUGUACGAUCUGGCCGGCUUUUCGCUGGGAAUAGCCGAGCGCAGCAAGAUGCUGCCGCGUAUGGACUGCAUCUGCCCGGGCGACGUUAUCCUGGGAUUGCCGUCGAGCGGUGUGCACAGCAAUGGGUUCAGCUUGGUGCACAAGAUACUGGAAUUCACCGGCCACACGUACAACGAUGUGGCACCGUUCAGUGCGACGGGGAAAUCGUUCGCCGAGGAGCUGCUCGUCCCGACCCGCAUCUAUGUGCGCGAGCUGCAGUCCCUGCUGGCGGAAGGGUUGGUGAAGGCGCUCGCCCACAUCACGGGCGGCGGGUUUACGGAAAACAUUCCCCGCGUCCUGCCGGCCGGCGUGGCCGCCUUCCUCGACCUUACCGAGCUGCACAUUCCGCCCAUCUUCGGCUGGAUGGCGCAGGCGGGCAAUGUAACGGCGGACGAAAUGUUGCGCACGUUUAACUGCGGCAUCGGCAUGGUGCUGGUCGUGGCUACCGAACACAAGCACACCGUGCUGCAGCGUCUACGCAGCGCGGGUGGAACGGCUCUCGGUACGGUGGUGAAAAAAUCGGACCCCCUCGGUCAGCGUGUCAUCGUGCAGGGGUUCGAGGAUACGCUGCGGAUGUCGCAGAUUACGUGCUCGCUGCCGAAGAAACGGAUCGCCGUACUCAUAUCCGGCUCGGGAAGCAACCUCCAGGCACUGAUCGACGCUACCCGCAGUUCGAUCUUUGGCAUUCGGGGCGAAAUUGUGAUGGUGGUGUCGAACAAGGCGGGCGUCUUCGGGCUGGAACGGGCGGCAAAGGCCGGCAUUCCUUCGAAAGUUAUCCUGCACAAAGACUACAACACGCGGGAACUGUUUGAUGCGGCCGUGUCUAAGGUGCUCGAGCAGGAACGCAUCGAGCUUGUGUGUCUGGCCGGCUUUAUGCGCAUCCUUUCCGAAGGAUUCGUCAAGCGCUGGAAGGGUUCGCUGAUUAACAUUCAUCCAGCGCUGCUGCCCCGCCACAAGGGUAUCCAUGCGCAGCGGCAGGCGCUCGAGGCGGGAGACGUUGAAUCGGGCUGUACGGUUCACUUUGUGGAUGAAGGCGUUGAUACGGGCGCAAUCAUCCUGCAGGAGCGCGUGCCGAUUCUAAGAGGCGACACCGAGGAAGCACUUACCGAGCGCAUUCACCAAGCGGAACACGUGGCAUACCCGAAAGCACUACGGUUGGUGGCGAACGGCGUGGCCACUCUCGGGCAGGAUGGCACACUGCAGUGGAUGAGCUAAGCUUUUAGACAUUAAUCGUUAAAGAUUAGAAUCGGAUUGCGAAAAGAAAGUGCGCGUUUUGUUAACAUUUUAGUUAUGCACUGGUUAUACUCUGCACUUAAAACAGUACACUCAACUAAACAAGGAACCAAUAAAACCUAAAACACUUGA